AUGGCUAGUUGGAUUCAUUGUAAUAACUGCGGCCGGCUAUACAGCGAAAAAACUUCGUUUUACGUUGGGGCAUGUGGCCACUUGGAAUGUAACUAUUGCCUUAAACCAGAUUCGAAUCAAAAUUGUUCCAUUUGCCAAAAACCUUGCAAGAGGAUUUUGUUAUCAAAAAACAUGCAACCUGAUAUCUUAAUGUUUUUUAAAUCGCCCAGUCCUUUGAUGGAUCAAAUUAAAAAGGUGGUGGAAUUUCAAGAGAAGCAACACAAUAAUUUAAUUAAUUUAUUACAAUUAAAAUAUAGCAACAUGAAAAAGGACACUUUAAAAUAUCAAAAGAUCAUUGAAAGUCAACGUAAUGAUAUUAAUAAGUUAAAGAACUUAUGUAAGAGUUAUCAAGCUCAAGCAUCUCCUGGUCGGAAUUUGCACCUAACCUUAUCAUCAGGAAGAGCUAAUACAAGUACACCCAUGUCCAAAUCUUUCAACAAUCUCGAUUGCACAAUUUCUACGAUUCCUUCCAGUUUAAAACCGGGAUAUGCAAGAAGAGUGCCCACUGGAGUACAAGGGAGGCAAAAUCUUUUUAUGACGCCGAAAACUUCAACUCCUACUGGUCGCGCCGUUCCAGCUUCGGCUUCUUCUACUGCUUCUGCAAAUUUCAGCGAAAAUCAAAGUGUAACUAUGUUUCCCCCUUUGAAUUUUCCUUACAUUCGUCGUUACAGACAAAAUUAGAUAACGUUUUAAAAUUUAUUAGCAUUAGUUUUUACUUCAAGUUAAUAAAUAAUAAAUCCCGU